AUGUCUUCCUUCCAUUUGCCUGUCAGAGAGAUGGUCAUCACUCUGGAUGAUGUGUCUUAUCUGCUGCACUUUCCUAUGACAUGUAGACCCAUUGAUCAUGUCCUUUCACUCUUUGACAAAGAGGCAGUGAAGAUCUUGCUGAUGAGUCAUUUGGGCCUUUUGAUAGAGACAGAGGCUUCUGCAGCAACAAACACAGGUGUCAGGGUGAGGUUGAUGUGGCAAGAAGACCUUUACCACUACUAUGUUGAGUCAGACUCGUACGUUUGGAUUGUAACGACUUAUCUUUUGUAUUUGCUCAGCAGUACGAUAUUUGGUGACAAGUCCUCCACUCAUGUCCAUGUCACUAACGCUCAUUACAUCAACAAAUUGGAUGCUUGCCACGAGUACGCAUGGGGAGUAACUGCAAUGGCAUACCUCUACGACCAUCUUGCAUAUGCGAGCAAGUAUAGUAGCAAGUAG